UUAGCAGCGACCGGUUAGUCUUCGUCGGGUGUUCGUGUCUGCUGGCACAGCUUCUGGCGUUGUCGGUCGUUUUUUCCCACUGAAAGCUGAAUCCUGAACCUGUGUAUCAUUUCGGUCUGGCUGCGAUCCGAACCGUAUUGUAUAUUUGUGUGCGUACACAGGCGUUCCGUACGGCAAGUGUAAGUGGUAUCGAUGUCACAGACUCCGCAGCGGAUGCUUAGGAGAAAAAUCUGAACCGUGUUUAAUUUGCUGAUCAAUGUGAAUAGGAAUGAGGAUUAACGCAGUGUUUAUGUGAAAUAAAAUCAAUUUCGUUAGCGGGAACGGGAGUGCUGUGGAACCUGCUGCUGAUGCUGCUGCUGGAUGACAGUGAGAAUAUGGGAUGGGAAAAGUGAUGGAUGCUGAUGCUCGCUCUCGCUCCCUUUCUGUUUCGCUUUCUUCACAGCAUCACGAGCUAAAAUGAAGUGUCACAAGUUUCAAAGUGGCACAUAUUCCAGUGAUUCCCAGUUAACUCCAAAACGAGUCCCCGAUGGGCGAUUAAUCUACUGACGGUGGAGAUUCCAGGAGUAACUUAGCAACCGAAUUUUUAGCGUUCUUACACUUCCCUAGUGGGGGGUGUGUGUGAGUGUUUUGCCUAUGUGCCAAACGUCAAAAAAGACGGGUGUCUAGUGGUGUAGCUUUUUUCGGAGAAAAAUAUCCUGUCAACAGUGCAAAAACGGGCUCGAGGAUAGUGGAAAAGUGGUACCAAGAGAGAAGCCAAGAAGAAAAUAAAACACAGCCGAACAAAUGAAUGUGGAAGUUUAAUAAUGAAAGUUAGUUAUGGGAUGCUUCGAGGAGAUUGACCUAGGUCAGCCGCGUUAGUGAAAAUUCUUCGAAAAGGCGAUUUGUCUCUGAAUUUUUAGGAAGUGAAACAGAAAAUCUAGUAUAGUUCAGUGUAUUUUGUUAUGAUUGGAAUGUUGUGCUCCAACUCGGGUCUCAAGGAGCGGCAAAGCAGUACAAAGUCGCCAAGUGGAAGGAUUUAACAAAUAUAUGUUUAUGUGAAUGUGAACAAGUCAGAUCCUGCUUUGAGAGCUCUCCAGCGAAAGUAGUACUCGUGUCAGUCGUCCUGCUAGUUGCUAGUGAAACCAUUCCGAAUUGGGAACGAAGAAGAAAAUAAUACCGACCUAUAGGAAAGAAACCCCCCUUCCCUCGUACUCGUCCUGGUAAAAGCCAACCAUAGAAGAAGUGCUUAUCGUUUUCCGUCUUGGUUGCCGCCAGAGCAAGUCAGUGUAUCCACUUAGUGAUGUUGGAAGUGAUGUGAAGUGCGGAUUAGCGAACGAGUUGAGCCGUAAUAAACAUGGGAUUAACUUAUACAUAAGACGGAAGGACGUGUGGCGUAGAAAAAAAAGUGAAAAAAAAUAGAAAAAAAACGAAGUCGUCACCAGUUUCGUGCAAAGUCAUUGACCGUCGCCGGAAUAUUCUUGAGAUCGGACGGAAAACUUCUCGUCACAGGUAUCAUCGACCUGCCAACAGAAUCACGUACCCAAGGCAUGUUCCGGUCGCAAAUAGAACCGUAAUUUUGUACUUUCCCGUCACUGUUGCUGCAUUGUGUGAAAACCGCCCAGUGUCGAGUGAGCCCGACUAUAAGCAGAAAAUGGAGCGAAGUGUGAUGGUGGGUGGCGGACGAACCUCAGUGGAAAGUUUUUCUGCAGCAGCAAUCGACAGUUCAAGUCCCACUUCGCCGUCUCCACAUCCAUGAAUUGCGACGGAAAACAGGCAGGAACGACACCCGAGCGAAGUGACGUACGAAACGGAAGAAACGCGCGCGGAGGUGAAAAUUAAAAGCCAGAAUCAAUUUUCCGGGAGACUAGCAGGGCAGAAGUUGGUGCGCAAGAAAAAGUACUUCGGUUCGGUUGAAGAGCAAUGUAAAUAAGCGUCGAUGAAGCGAAUCUACGGGACCGGCCUCGCUACAGCAGUUAAUUACAAUGCACACCCAAUGAAAUGACCUUCCAGCGGUAGGCAAUCAUCAAGUGACGAGUCCCGCGCACCCGCCGGUGUUUAUUUUUUGAUUUUCUAUGGUUUUUGCAUCACAUCACCUCUAGCACCGUGUUAAACCCCGGACGAAACCAACCGAAAAUGUUUGUCAAGUUCCAGUAUUACUGCAUCGUCUAUUUUCUGCUGGUGCGGCACCUGAACGGCUCCACGAUGGAUCUGUACAAAAACUCCCGGCUCAGCCAGCGAAUCGUACAGACUCGGUACGGGCGGCUGCAGGGAUUGAUCCUGCCGCUGGAGAGCCACAAAUUCCUCAAACCCAUCGAAGCGUUCCUGGGCGUCCCGUACGCCACGCCGCCAACCAAGAUGAAUAGAUUUAGCCCAACCCGAACGCCCUCGCCGUGGGACGGCGUCCGGAUAGCUGACAAAUUCAGCCCCGUUUGCCCGCAGCGGCUGCCGAAUGUAAAUAACGAAACAGCAGCUUUAGAUAAGAUGCCAAAAGGACGACUAGAGUAUCUGAAACGUUUACUACCUUUUUUAAUCAACCAAUCGGAGGAUUGUUUGUACUUGAACGUAUUUUCACCUGCACACGCCGCUCAAAGCGACAAAAAAUUACCUGUUGUAGUAUUUUUACACGGAGAAUCAUUCGAGUGGAACAGCGGGAACCCCUACGAUGGAACAGUGCUGGCCAGUUAUGCAGAAUUAGUUGUAGUUACAUUGAAUUAUCGACUAGGAAUCUUAGGUUUUUUAAAUGCCAACCCAAGCCCGGAGAUCCGGGCUCGAGUGGCCAACUACGGCCUGAUGGACCAGAUGGCGGCCCUACACUGGGUCCAGCAGAACAUUGCCAAGUUCGGAGGGGAUCCCUCGAUGGUGACCCUGGCUGGCCACGGUAGUGGGGCUGCCUGCAUCAACUUCCUAAUGACCUCGCCGACGAUGGUCCCGGGACUGUUUCACCGGGCCAUUCUACUGUCGGGGUCCGCCUACUCGUCCUGGGCGCUCGUUGAGGAUCCAGUAAUCUAUGCCCUUCGCCUAGCGAAGGAAGUCAAUUGCUCAAUACCGGAAGAUCUAAUCAAGAGUCACGAGGAAAUUGUGGACUGUUUGCGGGAUGUACCGCUAGAGGAUCUGUUUGCGGCCGACAUCCAGCCUCCCAGCUUUCUUAGUGCUUUCGGACCUUCGGUAGAUGGAGUAGUAAUCCGACCAGGUCGAACCAAUCAGGACAUCGAUGAAACGCCCAUCCGAGGAACGUCAAAACGAUCCCAAGGAGCGGCAGGCCGGUAUGAUCUCCUAUUCGGAGUCGUCACCGGCGAGGCACUGUGGCGGUUCAGUGCCGCCGACAUACAAAGCGGUUUCGAGGGUGAACGGCGGGACCGAAUCCUCCGAACCUACGUAAGGAAUGCCUACACGUAUCACCUCAGUGAAAUAUUCUACACCGUAGUAAAUGAAUACACCGAUUGGGAGCGGACCAGCAUGCAUCCGAUCAACACCCGUGACGCUGCUGUGGCAGCUCUCUCGGAUGCCCAAUUUGUGGCACCCCUGGUACACACGGGCGAUAUGCUGGCUCCGCCUCCGCCUCUCCCGGGCCAGGAACCGUCCGGUCCGAUGUGUUUCUUCUUCGUGUUCGACUACCAAACCAAGGACGGCGACUACCCCCAGCGAAUGGGGACGGUCCACGGCGAGGACCUUCCCUACGUGUUCGGCGCACCCCUCGUCGACGGUUUCAACCACUUUCCCAAGAACUACACCAAAUCGGAGGUAGCCCUGUCGGAGGCGAUCAUGAUCUACUGGGCUAACUUUGCGCGAACAGGAAAUCCAAACGAACACCACCGGCAGGACUCAAUCCUAACGGCCUCCAAAGAGCGUAAUCGCUUCCGCAGUAUUAACUGGGACGAAUAUGAUCCUGUCCACCAGAAAUACCUAGAAAUCGGCAUGAAACCCCGCAUGAAAAAUCACUUCCGGGCCCACCAGCUUUCGAUCUGGCUUCGACUGAUACCGGAGCUGCACAAAGCCGGAAUGGAGGACGUGGUGGCGCGGCACAAUCUGUUCAAGAACCAUGACGACUUGGACAUCUACGAGGGAAUCGUCAAGCCGAAUGGUUUAUCCCGGCUGUCCUUCCUGGAGCAGGAUCUCAAGCGAAGAGGCAUGAAUGGUCCCCAGUUCGGCCACUCGCUGCACAGUAACGUUGGUAUGACUACCAUGGAGCCGGCACUGCUGACCACCUGCAUGCCAGUCGGAAACUACACGGCCUACACCCAACCCACGUCUACGGUGCUAAAUGCCACGAUGGACACCCUCGCCGGACUGGAGGCGGCCGGAUAUGCUGCCUACUCGACUGCCCUGAGCGUCACCAUCGCCAUCGGGUGCAGUUUGCUCAUACUGAACGUUCUGAUCUUUGCCGGAGUCUACUACCAGCGGGAUAAAACGCGACUGGAGGUGAAGAGCUUGCAGAAACAGUACCAGCAGCGGGGUGCGAUGCACCAGCAGGGGCCGUUUGAUCCGAUUAAGCACGCCCACUACCACCUGGGUCACUCGCAGUCCGCUAACGUGAUAGUAGACGUGGAAAACCACGACACCGGAGCUCUCAUUCUUGCCAGUGACGUCAAAUCACCCCACAUCUGUUCAAACUCGAUGCAGAUAAAUGUGAUGAAGGGUGGUUCCCCCGGUAAUGAUGGCCGGGGAGGUAGCGGUGGAGGUGGCGAUGGCGGAGGAAACUGUAACGUCCCAUCGGGUCAAACCACAAAUAAUGCAAAAAUCCCACUGGCUAAUAACACCUCGUACAAGCCGCGCACCGAACACAUUACGAUACCGAUCAAAAAUUCAACCUUCACCGGUGGCACCGGUAUGAUGACAUUGCCCAAACCGGGCACGGUGCACAUACCGAUGAGCUACAACCGGAACGAGUGCAUGACACUGCCCCGGAAUACCGGCAUCAAUGCAUCCAGCAUGAACACGGAGGCUCAACAAAUUAAACUACCGCCAAACGGAACUGCCAUCGGUGUUCACAUGCGCUCGAACGCGGCCACGUCCACCCUCGGCAGGCCGCAAUCCUGUAGUAAUAGUUCGCCGGAGAAUCGGCCCCUUCACUCGACGUCAACGUCCUCGACGCAACAUCCGCCCCCACCGCCUUCCAGCGGCCAUCAGCACGCGCACCAGCAUCACUCACAUUCACACAUGCAACAGCAGCAGCAGCAACAGCAGCAACAACAGCAACAGUACCACCAUCAACAGCAGCAACAGGAUUCCGGUGGAACCCAGCUACAGAACCUCAAAGGAUGCCCCCAGCAGAUGCCCCACGCUGCUAUGAGUGAGAUGCGUGUUUGAUUGCAUUUCGGUCACGGGCGACCCUACAAUCCAACUGAUGGUGAAAUUGUUUAAUGUUUUGUUUUGUUGGUUGAUCCCCCAUUCUUUGUUGUGUACGGUGAGUACGUCUAGGGUGACCGAGGAUUCUUAAGCCCUAAGUUUAUCGUACCCUUGCGUCACCCAGGGGACACCCGUAUAACGGAGUGGGUGUGAAAUCCUCAUUUUCCCACGCUACUUUAAGAGAAUGGGGGUAAGCUGAACCCCGAUGGCACUACUGGUCCUGUCUAUCGCUCCCACACGGGCGAGGGGAACACGAUCGUCAUUACCGAUUGGUGCUCGUUUUAUUACUCCACCAUCGUCACCAUUACCAUCAUCAACACCGCCCGUGACGUUCAUAUCCUUUAUGUUGAUUGAUUGUUGAUGUUUGCUAUGUUAUUCUAUGGAUAAAACUAUGAAACUACAAAGGGGUUGGUAUUGAUCUUCUCCGUCCAGUCAACCGGCAAGCGAUGAUGCCCGAAGGUGCUGCCCGGCUGCAGUGUGACCCAGUUGACCGAUUGCUCAAACGGUAGGGGUUAAAAAGCAUUCCCCAGUCAUGGCUGUUUGCUCAAUGGCUAUCGCUGUUUAGGUUCACUUUCCACCAGCAUUCAAAUGCUGCUCAGUGAAAGAUGGCAUUUUUUUUUCUCUCGAUUUGCUAACGGGUCGUUACUAAGCCACGUGGUCGUCAAGAGGAUGGGAGGUAAGUUGAAAAAAUCAUGAAAGACGCGUAGAAAAGUGGCAGAAAGGCUAAAGACCGGAGCACGUGGUCUUCAUUGUGUUGUCACUUUUCAUUUUUCAUUUUUUACCUUUCAUCACAACUGCUCUGAAAAUAUAUCCCGAGCAGGAGAAAAUAUCAUCAUAAUAUCACAACCAGAUAUUGGAAAUACACCUCAAUUUGAUCUUAAUAUGGUUUACAUAGUUGGUAAAAUAACAAAAAAUAAUACCAAAAUAUCGUUCCUCCAAGACUAUAUGAAUAACAAAGCUUGGUAUUUCAAUAACAAAUCAAUAAUUUGCAUUAAAAAUCACGAAAAUGACCGAUUCAGUUAUUUUCAACUUAUUGAACACUAAAUGCAUAACUGAUACAUUAUUAAUAAUCAAUAACGAACAAUUUUUACUUAAAAACUUACUUUUGAUGAGAUAUUUUAAAAUCAACUCAAAUAUCUCAUUGAAGGCAUAGCGAGAUAUGAUAUCAAAAUUUUAUGAUAUUUUCAUAUACUCGUUUGGAACGUGAAUAUCUUUCGAAUAACACGAUAAGUCCUCAUAACUAAAUAUGUUAUUGAUGAGCAGGGCCGGAUUUAAACGGUGUGGGGCCCGGGGCAAAUUUGUUUGUGAGGCCCUCUUUUCUAAAAACAUUUAGAGGUAACGUUCUGGAAGGUGACGAGCAAAAAAAAAAGGUCGCCGAAGGACUAGGGGGGCCCCUUGAAUCGGGAGGCCCUGGGCAUUUGCCCCCUUUGCCCCCCCUCAAAUCCGGGCCUGUUGAUGAGUUAUGAUUUUGUUAUCCUUGCCUGCCCGGGAUAAAACACUACGGCGCAUCGCCAUCCCAAAACGCAAUUUUAAUUUUUUAAUUUGAUUUGCUAACAUUCAUCAGCAUUCAUAACCUCAAAAGCCAACUCUUUAUACGUAACGCAUUCAAAUAUUGACAAGAUUAUUUCCAAAAAAAAAAAAUAUUGUUUUAUGCGAACAAAUCAAAUCAAAACAAAAUUGUAGAUCAUUAAAUGUUUUUCUGAGAAAGAAUCCAUUCCGGGCAGAAACGUUUAUGAAGAGUUGUAAAAUGCUCAUUUUUAAAAUAUUCAUUAAUUUAGAGGAGAAGUAUGAAAUUUAGACCCUUCUUACAGAAGACGAGGUGAGCAAAAUGUUGUAUUAGGGAACGCGAGUGAAAUUUGACUGGUGACAGCUGAGUGACAGACGAACUACUCGUCCAAAAUCCAGUCGACUCGCUGUCUUAAAUACCAAAAUUGGUCAGACGAGUAACUCGUCGCUCGCCUUGUCGUCUGUAAUAGGGGCAUUAACUUCACUGCUGGCAAAAAGUGUAACGGUGUUGGGAAGAAUCGAUUUGUUUUUAACGUGCACAAUUUGCAGAAGACAAUAUCAGAUGAUUAUUUUACGUAUUACCUUCAGCAAGUUAUCAUAUACAAAUUUUUUUUCUUAUAUAUGAAAAAAAAAUUCUUAGCCGCAACCUAUGUAACAAGUAAUCUUGUACUUCUCUUAUCAAAAUCUAAAAGAUUGAUAAUCAAAAUUGAUUAUUAAUGGAUUUGAAAAUAUAUUGUCCAAAAAUAAAACAAUAACUGGAGAAACCAAAUUGAACCGUUGAUAGUUUAAAAGCCGUUAUUCAUGUUAAAAAUUACAACAAGAGAAAUUCUAUGAGAUUUUUCGAUGUGUAAAUUGGAAUCACAACUGAGAAUUUUGCAAUAUUUAUUGCACUACCCACUACUUAGAAUUUUUUUUUUAAAUAUUUCCAAGCAUUUCGAGCUCAGAACGAAAUGUUUUGUUUACGAAGUGUACAUGCCACUUGCACACGACUAUCACAGAUUUUGCUCAAAGAUGGGUGAAUUAUUCAUCUACCGUCUCUUUGGAAAAAUCCCCAUUUUUGUGUCGAUUGGAUUACCCCCCGCUCUGUAGGACCCUCUCUUUAUUGCAAAGUCACGCAAUUUUUGUCAAAAAUCUCUUUUUUCCUUUUUCUUACAACUCAUAGACGUUAGAUGUCCGAAAAAUACUGAUAGAUGGUUUUUGAAGGAAAUAAACCAAGGAAUCCAGAAAAACUAUAAGUUUUGACCAGAAGUGUUGCCAAAUAAAUUAUUUUUGUAUUUGGAAACUAAAUUUACAUUUUUCGGCAAAUGCAGCCAUUUUUAAUUCACAUUUGAUAAUAUCAUCGUGUUCCUUGAAAAAUUUCACGUAAGAAGCAACUAUCAUCCCUAGGUAAUAUGAUCCAAUCUCAAGAUAUAACAUUUUUACGAAAAUAGUUGUAAAUUUCGUAAUUAUUUUACAAUUUAUAGACGUAAGACACCCGAAAAAUAGUGAUAGGUAAAUUUGGAAGAAAAUAAACCAAGGAAUCCAGAAAAAAUAUUGGGUUUUGACCAGAAGUGUUGCCAGAUAGAUUAUUUUUGUAUUUUAAAAUAAAAUAUUCAUUUUUCGGCUAAUGCAGCUAAUUUUAUUUUAAAUUUGAUGGUUUCAUUGUAUUUCUCGAAAAAUUUCACGUAAGCCGCACUUACCACCCCGUGGUAAUAUGAGCCAAUC